AUGGCCGCUAAGAAGUUGGAUCUAUCUAAGCUGACUGACGAGGAGGUCAAUCAUGUGUGGAAUGUCGUUCAGCGUGACUUCCACCUGAGGAAGAAAGAGGAAGACAGGCUGGGGGAUCUUAAGUCCAAGAUUUGGAAAGAGGACUCGAAGCGAGAGUUGUUGUGUCGUCAGACGUGCUUGAGCGAGUCUUACUGCAUCCGCUGCGUCAAAUCCUUCAAGUUCCUCAUUAACAGCAAGCGUCGCUGUCUGGACUGUCAGCUGUUCGUCUGCAAAGCCUGCAGUCGCUGGAAUAAACGACAGCGUGGCUUUGUAUGUGAUCCCUGUCACAUGACCAGGGUCCUAAAGAUUGGGACGCUGGAAUGGUACCAUGAGAACAUGCAGGCACGCUUUAAGCACUUCGGCAGCGCUAACGUGAUGCGCUCUCUUUUCAAGAGGCUGAGUGGAAAACACACAUGCUCUUCUGAUGAAGAUGAAAAACUUGGUGACUACGACACACAGAGAAACCCUGAACUUCACACAGCAGUUGGAUUUGAAGAUGCUGGCAUGGAUGUCAUUGAUUCUCAACACUACCAUCAGAUGAAAAAAAACAGACGGCGUCUGACUGUUAAUCCCAUUGAUACCUCUGACCUUUGUGACGUCAGAUCAAGACAAUUUAAUCAGGUCAAUCAGACCUUGUUCGCCAUUCGGUGGCCGGUGUUUGGGGCAACUAGUUACUAUGUGCUCUACUGUCUGGACUGGGUCCCCACACUCGCAGGAGGCAUCUUCCGCAAGUCCCCACCUCUUCAUUGCUGCUCCGUAGCGUCCGACGCCGGUCCUCAUGCGGUUGAGGGUUGUCCACUGCUUCCGGGGCAGUUCCUGGCCGGAGAUGUCUGUGGUGCUAACUUCCACUGUUCUCUCAAACUCGUCUUGACCCAGGUGGCCUUGGAAGUAUCAGCUGAUGUUGUGCUGAACAGCUCGUGGGCUUGCAUGGCAAAGGGGCGCCUUGACUUUAGGCGCACGCGUCGUGGUGUUUCUGUGACGAUCUUAUGGAGGAGGUGGGAUUCGCUGGUCUGUGCCUUUCGGGAGAGGGCCAGUGGGGCUGCUUCUUGUCUGAUGUUUGCCGGGGCGAUGCCAGCGAGGAUGGGCAGUUGGUUUACUGGGGUCCCUCGCAGGCACCCGGAGACGGUCCGCAGGGCGCUGUUGAGGGCGACAUCCAACUUCUUUACAUGGGCGCUACGGCACCAAACCGGGGCACAGUACUCGGCGGCUGAGAACACCAGGGCCAGCGCGGACAUGUGCAGUGUCUUCGUCGUAGCUCCCCAUGUGGUGCCGGCUAGCCGCCGUAUUAGGGCGGCACGGGCACUUGUCUUUGCCUUGGCACUGUGCAGGUGUUGUUUGAAUGUCAGUGUUCUGUCAAGCUUCACACCGAGGUACGUGGGAACGGGCUGGGACUGUAACAGGGCAUUAUCCACCAUGAUGUUCAUCUCACGGGCUGCUUCCAUGUUGUUGACGUGGAACAUUGAAGAUGUUGUCUUAUCCAUGCUGAGCUUGAGACGCCAGCAUCAAAGUAGUGAAGACUUCAACGUGGAUGUUGGCUCUGAUGGUGGAUUGCCUUCACAACAAGAAGAUCCUGUGUACUCAGACCAGCCAAGUGUUGCAUCUCGCUCCACGUCACGCCUCAGCUGCUCUACAUUUGGAAGUGCAGGAGUUCUUCAGAACAGAACGUUCUACACUUUGGGUCCUGAUGACUACGAGUGCGACUAUGAUCUCAGACAGUCCGAUGCCGUCUACUCGUCUCAAGAAUUUAAGCACACCUCCCAGGACAGCCUCAACGACCCCAACCCUCACCCACCACAGAUGAAUGAGUUGGUCAGGCGGAUGUCAGCUGUUGAGAUGCUUUUGAAUCGCUUGCAGGUCACCUUGACAUUCCAUCAGACCAGUGAAGCUUCUCAGGCUCCAGACCGGGCUUCUUCUCCUCACGAGUGGGAAGAGGUGGAAAUGGAGGAGCAUCAACUUCGACAAAAACUGAAUGAGAUGACGGGCGACAUCAGCGACCGUAGUCUGAGUUGUGAUGAGGACGAGGCCAAGCUGCAAGAGGAGGCAGCAGCACAGGAAGACACAACUCUCACAUCUUCAAGGAGCAGCAUUGUGGUCUGCAACACUCAGAAGAGAAACUCUUCAAUUGAAAGCCUUAAAAAUAAAAGUCACUUGCCUGAUGAUGAGUCCAAGUCCAACUUCAAAGGUUCUACAGCUUUACUGUUUGAGCUGGAAGACAAGAUAGCCCAAGCUGCUGCUGAUGUGCAGAAUACUCAGACUCAGGUGUCUUACAUUGAGAACAGGAUGACUGCUCUCAAUUCUGCUGGACUGCCGCUGGACAACAAACUAAAGUCUGGAAUCCAAACCAGAAGACUUUCCCACAACUUGCCCACAAGAAGAAAUCAUGACACAAAACUCGGAAAGAGGAGACUCAGCUUGAUGUGAAACACCAUACGCUGUAACUAUCUACUGUACAUAAAUCAAAACAUACAUUAAAACUACUGUUUACUUGUUGAAUCUACAUUAAAUCAAUGACAUACAUCCAUAAUUAUUUUACAUGUUGGAUUUGCAUCAAAUCACUACAAAACAAUGCUUGUUAGUAGUUAUUCAUUGCAACAACCAACUUUUACGUCAAAUUAUUUCACAGAUGAAUAUUACAAAGCUAUACUUUCUUGAUCAGUACAUGAACAUAUUCAACUCUAUAUCCUAAAUAUUAACACAUUUGUAUGGGCUUGAUCUACUAAGAUCUACUACGUGCUAAACAGCGUUUGCAGACAAUACAAUUUGUGUACUAUUAGAGGGCGUGUUGCAGUGAUCUACGAAGACUGCGUGUACAAUUAAAAAGUGGUGCAGACUGCCUUAUUUAAAGGAG